AUGGCUCCUACUCUUGACGUCACCCACAUUGGCACUGCCACCGCCAUCCUCGAGAUCAAUGGUGUCAACUUUCUGACAGACCCUUUCUUUUCGCCUGCCGGGACAUCCUGGGACGCAGGCCGGAUCGUUCUGAAAGUGACAGAAGACCCUUGCCUUCGCCUGAGCCAACUCCCCGUGAUCGACGCAGUCCUCUUGAGCCACGAAGAUCACCCCGACAAUCUUGACGAGCUCGGCCGCCAGCUCCUCGACGGCCGCCGCGUCUUCACUACAGUCGACGGGGCCAAGAACCUCGCACCCCGUCCCGCCGUGCACGGCAUGUCGCCCUGGGAAGAGAUGGACAUCCUCAUUGCCAACAAGUCGUUCAAGAUCGUGGCGACUCCAACCAAGCACGUUCCUGGAAACGAAUGCACCGGGUUCAUCGUAACGAGCGAAGAGUUUGGGUAUGGUCGUGAAGGUCUACCCAAUGCAAUCUACUUCACCGGCGACACCGUCUAUAUUGAAGAGCUCAAUUCCAUCGCCGACCGAUACCAUAUCUGUGCUGCGGUGAUGAAUCUAGGAAAUGCCCAUGCUCCUAUCUCUGAUGAUCCCAAUAGUUCCCUCAUGCAGAUCACCAUGGGAGGCAAGGACGGAGCCAAAUUGUUUCGCGCACUCAAGGCCGAUGUUCUUGUUCCCAUGCACUACGAGUCGUGGGGGCAUUUCACUCAAUUCGGGGCGGAGCUGCGCCAGGUCUUUGAGGAAGAAGGGAUCAGCGAAAAGGUUCGUUGGUUGAAAGGUGGCGAGAAGGUUUCUGUGCUGUAA